GACUGCAUGGACAAAAUACUUGUAUCUGUUUGCCGAAUAUUAAAUUAAAAACAAAUAAAAUAACCUCAAUUUACCAUAACAAUAAAGUUUUAAUCACUCAAAUGCGUAAUUAGGACAAAAUUCUACUUAUAACUACUCAUUUCGGAAUUCAAAACUUCUAUUUUUGCGAAAUGUUUAGUUUGAAACGCUAAAAUAAUUUUUGUUGUAUUGAAAUUGUAAAAAUUGAAAAAUUAUCCAACAGCAUGAACUCUGUGUGGUUUAAACCUGAAUUGGCGAAUCAGAUUAUCAAUACUAAUGAUAUAUUUGAUCAGGUACCGAACAUCGUUGCUGACAUAGUGUCUGGAAGACUUGAUAUAGCGGAUCUCGUAGAGAACAUGGCUGGCGUACUAACAAACAAGGAACCAGAUCACCGAGCAAAAGGAAUGAGCUUCUACACUAAAAUACUUAAGGGAUUGCCAAAUGAUUAUUUAAAUGACUUACAAGUGAAAUUCAUUUCAAAAUUCUACAUAGACAGACUUAAGGAUAACCACAGAGUUAUACCUCCUGUAAUAGAGGGCUAUUCAGUAUUGAUAGAUAUGGCAGAGUAUAACAUAGAUAAUUGUAGAGACUUUUUAACGGUACUCUUUCGAGAAGUGACCUGCCAGUCCCAACUGAGGCAGGAUAGGUAUACCAUUUACCUGAUUUUGAAGAAGCUAUGUGAAAAGGAUAUUGAGUAUGUCAAAAACUUAGGCCCAGACUUCGUUUACGGCGUAAUAUCAGCUAUGGACGGCGAGCGUGAUCCUCGAAACCUAGUAUUCCUAUUUGAGUUCUUACAAACCUUUUUGAAAACAGUACCUUUAGGCCAUUUGGCCGAGGAAAUGUUUGACGUCAUAUCCUGUUACUAUCCUAUUGACUUUCACCCUUCCCCUGACGAUCCCGCCGCUGUGACGAGAGAACAACUGGCAAAUGGCCUAUGCCCCUGCCUAUGUGCAGUCGAAGAGUUUGGUGAAUCAUGCAUUAUACUUUUAGUUGAGAAAUUGGAUUCGAACUUAAGGUUGGCCAAAAUUGAUUCCUUGAGGCUGUUGAUUGAGUGCUGUAAGACUUUGAAAGCGGAAACGUUCACUCCAUUUAUCAAAGCCAUUUGGUCGUCACUCAGCAGAGAUAUGGGUCAUAAAACUGAUGAUGAACUCAAACUGUUGUGCCACGAAGCGUUAUCGGCAGUUGUAGCGAAACUGGAAACUGCAUCCCUCACUGACCAAGGCUUCGAUAACUUAGUAAAAUUAAUACUUAUAUCUUGCCAAACGAGUAUAGCAGAAGCGACGACUGUAGCUCAAUUCGUGAAAAGUGCGAAAAUACUUUUGACCACAGCCAACGCGGCCACACAGGCGUGUGAGGUGAUAGCGAGAGCCAUGAUCCCAGCCACUGUAGCCUUCUACGAAUUCAAAUCAUCUCCAAAAUUACAAAUCGCUAGUUUGGACUUACUCGGUGACUUGUUUGUGUUAGCUAAAACGAAGGGUGUUAUGGAAAGAGUGCAGCACCAAGUCGCCGAUGUUCCUCAAGUUUGCCUAACAGCUGUCAGCCAACCAUCAAAAGAAUUCCAGAUGGCUGGCUUCAAAACUCUAAUCCGAGUCCAGGAUUGCCUGAAAACCGACCUUGUUCUACCUUUCGUUGAAGUGCUUAUUCACAAUAUUCAACACGUUCAAGAUAACGAUUUACUAAGCAUUAGUGUUGAGACGAUUCACGCUAUUGCAAGAAAGUAUCCAGAACUUAUUAUGGAAUUGGUGGUCAAAGGAAAGUGUAACAUUGAAAACUUGGAACAAGAUAAAACAGUUCUCCAGAAACGUUUAAAUUUGCUUUCAAAUUUGGCCAGUAUAGAUGACUUCACGAAGGUGAUAAUUGAGGAGAUGUUGAAGAUCAUUUCGGCUAACGAUCCGGACGCUUUGCAAGUUGUAGAAGCAUUGAGUGGUUCCAUAUCUAUUGCCAGCGUGUUUACCAACGAAAAGGUGAUGCAGAUUGAAAGUGAUCACGGGUUGAUAGACCCCGUGAUGAAUUGGUUGUACAAAGAGAUCACUUCGACUAACCCUGACGCUUUAUCUCACGGGUACACAUUAAUAGCCAAUACGAUCGGGAGCUUACCGCCUGAGAAGCAGCAGAACAUUUUAUCGAAGCACACGCCUCAAGCAUUAGAACAAUGCUCGAAAGAUGACGUAUACUUCAUGAUCAUAGAAUGCUUGUAUACGCCUCUACACCCUACAGUAUACACUUCUAAGUUCGAGGAAAUAAUGACUGUAGCUUUAAAGGUCUCUUUGACUAGUGAGAAUGAGGUUGUGAGGACGAAGGCUUGUGCGUUGAUAGCCCAUCUGUUGAAUAAAGCGGAACAUGGACAGAGGUUUGAGUUGCUGUAUGAGUUGUUGAAGACUAAGUUGGCGGCCUGCAGUAGGGACGAUGAGGCCUUGUGUCCGCGACUGAUUAUUUUAUAUGGAUGGAUUACUAAGGCUUUGAUCAUGAGGGGUAGUGAUUUGUUCCUGUUUUGGCUGCAGAAGAUCGUAGGCGUACUAAACACAAAGGAAUACUGCAAGGAGGGAUCAGAAGCGAUACGUCUAAUCAUGACAGAGUACCCAGAAUAUCUGAACGUCAAACAACAUUGUAGAAUAAGCCUUCUGUACAAGCAAAGGAUGUUUGAAACGUUCUCUGGCUUGUCUUGUAAGCUAGGGAACUUGACGCCAGAUACUAAAGAGUCGUACUUACUGAGUUGGGCGUAUGUGAUGGAGAAGGCACCGAAAACUGUACUUAAUAAUCAGGCCAAUAAGAUUACACCAAUCGUAAUAGAUUCCCUAGAGUACGAUAACAAGGAUAUGUUAAAUGUUUCCUUAACCGUGAUGGGCCACUUCAUCCUCUCCAACCCUGUCGUCGUUGCGGACAGCCUGCAGACUAUACUACCGCGAUUGGUACAGCUCACUAGAUAUAUGAGGUCCAUGGACGUGAGAAUAAAGAGUCUCGAAUGUCUCUACGAUAUGGCGAAUACAUUCCACACAUCGCUCCUACUACCGUACAAGCAAGACGUUCUACUUGAUUUAGCGCCAGCUCUUGACGACAAGAAGCGACUUGUGCGUAGCGUUGCAGUUCGCGCCCGAUCGCGUUGGUACCUAGUUGGCGCGCCAGGAGAAGAGAAAAUGAACUAAUAAUUAACAUCCAAUCAGAAUCCAGUGUGACUGAUGUAACUUGGCAUUUCAGAAAAUUAAAGGCUGUGAGAGCAAGACAAAUAUAUACGUGCUCUUUGUAUAAGACAGAGAUAGCGGUAUUUUGUAGCUCUUUCCCGACGUGCCAAGUUAUAUUGGCCGCAUUGCCCUUAGUGAUAGAAAACUGAGAUGUUAAAAUUAAAUUGACCAUGUAAUGAGAAACGCACUGGAUAUUUAUAUUUAAAGUAGGAAUAGAUGUUGAGUUUUGUUGUUGGAUAAUCUUUUUUAUUUAUUUAAGACACUGGCAGUUAUUUGUUGCUUAAUAUCAAUGACGAGUAUUUUAAAAAUGUUCGAAAUAUAAAAAUUAUCAAGCUUAUAGUAGAAGUGAAAUUAGAUAUCGAUCUGAAAAACCUGCAAAAAAAUUGUAUAGCUAUAUGUUAACAAUAAAAUUGUUUUGUUGCAAAAUUAUGUACGACAAUAAAUUGUA